AUGUCAUCAAAUCUUGCCUCUCUGGAUGCGGCCUCCACCGACCGCAAAGCUCGCCUUGCCAAACUCGCAGCUCUCAAGCGCAAACAACCUGAACCAGAUACUAUUGAAGCUACUGGCACUGGCGAUAAUGAUACCACUACCGAUGCUACAACCAAAUUCCUUUCGGGACGCAAUUACGAUGUCGAAACCCGUGGUCCCAAAUUGGGGUUUGAACAAGCUCCACAUGAGAAUUCAGUGACUGUGGAAUCUCAGGCAGCUGAGAUUGUUGAGGCUAUGAAGGAACAAGCAAUUAAGGACGAUGAUGCCGAAGAGCCCCUGGAUUUGUUCAAGCUACAACCGAAGAAACCCAACUGGGACUUGCGACGGGAUCUAGAUGAAAAGCUCAAGACGCUUAAUGUGAGAACAGAGAAUGCGAUUGCCCGACUUGUGCGCCAACGGAUAGAGGCUUCUCAGAGCGCAGCUAAAGAGCGAGGUGCAUCUUCUAACGGGGAGCAAGAAGGCGAAGAGUUGGGUAUCCAGGGUGACAUGCUUGUUGAGGGAAUCCAUGUGCGAGAACAAGAGAAUCAAAUUUAA